AUGCAAAUGGAAACCCUCCCUCUCCUCCUCACACUAACGGCAGCUCUCUCAGCCUAUUUCCUUUGGUUCCACUUUCUCUCUCGAACUCUAACUGGUCCAAAAGCUUGGCCCUUUGUUGGUAGCCUCCCACUUCUCUUCAAAAACCGCAACCGUGUCCAUGAUUGGAUCGCCGCCAACCUUUGUGCCACCCGCGGUUCCGCCACCUACCAAACAUGCAUCAUCCCUAUUCCUUUCUUAGCUCGCAAGCAAGGCUUCUACACAGUCACUUGCCACCCCAAAAACCUUGAACACAUCCUCCGAACCCGGUUUGAUAACUACCCCAAAGGACCCAAGUGGCAAACCGCGUUCCAUGACCUUUUAGGCCAAGGUAUAUUCAACAGUGACGGAGAGACAUGGCUCAUGCAACGCAAAACCGCCGCUCUAGAGUUCACCACACGAACGUUGAAACAAGCCAUGUCUCGGUGGGUGAACCGCUCCAUCAAGAACCGGUUAUGGUGCAUUCUAGACAAAGCAAGCAAAGAUAAUGUCUCAGUGGACUUGCAAGACCUUCUUCUACGGUUAACCUUUGAUAACAUUUGUGGACUCACGUUCGGAAAAGACCCCGAAACUCUUUCCCCGGAACUACCUGAAAAUCCGUUCGCCGUUGCUUUUGACACUGCCACUGAAGCCACCAUGCACAGGUUCCUCUACCCGGGUCUAGUGUGGAGGUUCCAGAAGCUUCUGUGCAUUGGACCAGAGAAGAGGUUAAAGGAAAGCCUUCGAAUUGUUGAAUCCUACAUGAACGACGCCGUUGCGGAUCGCAAGGAAACUCCCUCCGACGAUUUGCUAUCUCGUUUCAUGAAGAAACGCGACGCCAACGGCAACCCCUUCUCCUCCGCCGUCCUUCAACGCAUCGUCUUGAACUUCGUCCUUGCCGGAAGGGACACGUCAUCAGUGGCUCUCACCUGGUUCUUCUGGCUCCUCAUCAACCACCCUCGCGUCGAGGACAAGAUCGUAAACGAGAUAACCACGGUUCUCGCCGACACGCGUGGCGGAGACCGCCGCCGGUGGGUGGAGGAUCCGCUCGACUUCGGCGAAGCAGACCGGUUGGUGUAUCUGAAAGCGGCGUUGGCCGAAACGCUGCGUUUGUACCCGUCGGUGCCCCAGGAUUUCAAGCAGGCGGUCGCCGACGACGUGUUGCCGGACGGUACGGUGGUACCGGCGGGAUCGACGGUGACUUAUUCGAUAUACUCGGCGGGGAGGGUGAAGACGAUUUGGGGUGAGGAUUGCAUGGAAUUUAAACCGGAGAGGUGGGUUUCGGCUCGGGGAGACCGGUUCGAACCGCCCAAAGAUGGGUUUAAGUUUAUGGCUUUCAAUGCUGGACCAAGAACUUGUUUAGGGAAGGAUUUGGCUUACCUGCAGAUGAAGUCUGUAGCUGCUGCUGUGCUGUUGCGUUACCGGCUAUCGCUGGUUCCCGGUCACCGGGUCGAGCAGAAGAUGUCUCUCACUUUGUUCAUGAAGAAUGGGCUCCGGCUGUUCUUGCACCCACGUAAGCUUCACGAAGGGCCAGGCAGUGCCACGUCACCGUAA